AUGUUCCGUGAUGAGACUGCGAGGACCCAAAUCAAGGCUCGACGAAGGCAUGCUGGCAGAGGCGCAAACUUCCCCCAGCUCCCAACUCCCCCGCCCUCGUCUCUGCUUUUCCUACAAAGCCAGGAUAUUGCCAUUUGCUACUUCUAUACCACCACCCUAAGUAAUCUUUCAGAGAAAGACCCUACACGCCAGCUUCAAAUGUACCUACCAAGCCUAUACACCAAAAGCCGGAUAGGGUCUGCUCUACGCUUGGCAACAGAGUCAAUCUCGCACGUCCUACUUCCGAAUUUGGUACCAGACUCCAAGAGAACAGCAAGAAAAAGAUAUAAUGCGGCUCUCAUUGCAAUUCGACGCGCAAUCCAGGAUCCUAUCCAAGCAAAAACGGAUGAGACGUUGUACGCAGUCCUCCUCCUGUGUGGCUACGAGACCAUAACUCGGGAAACAACCUUGCGUUCAGCUUGGGACACUCAUGUCAGCGGAGGAGCUGCUCUGGUACAAUAUCGAGGGUCAAAUAUGCUACAGUCACAGCUGGCACAAAGCCUGUUCUGUUUCGUUCGCAAAAGCAUUGUUUUGAGCCAAAUGCAAGCCUGCUCCCCAGUCGACGAGGUCUUCACCAAACCCGACGCUUUUCAGGACCCGGAGAACCAGCUCUUCGCGAUAGCAUCCAGGAUACCCGCACUUCAGAGCGAUGGCAUCGCUAUCCUUGAUCGAGCGGAAGGUGCAAAUGAUUCUCGCGCGGAGAAGUUGGCUAAGAGCGCGGAAGCUAUCGACCAGGAGCUCUCACAUUGGGCAGGCAACCUUCCAAACUCCUGGUCAUAUACCCAAGCAACCGAAAUUAAAACCGGAUCAAAUGCGCGAGAAUUUUCUCCCCAGCACAUUCACCGAUAUCCAGAUUUCUAUGUGGCUCGUGUUUGGAAUUUCUAUCGUGUUUCGAGACUCAUUUUGCUAUCGUUGCUGUGUCGAGCAACAGCCUUAUUGCGAACAGGCCACAACGAAGAUCAACACAUGGCCACCAGCAACGCAAGAAGAGAAAGCAAAAUCCAACAGAUUGUGGAUGAAAUUUGCGCCAGUGUUCCGUUCCUUUUAGGGCAUGAUCUGUCGAGAAUGACUGUACCGGCGGGUGUGGAAAAGGGUCACCAGCCCCCAGAAUGGUAUGGGGCCCCUGCCGAUUGGGGAGAUGGAAAUCAAGCCAAACAAUUUCCGACUGGAAGCUUCUCUCUUAUCUGGCCCUUGUAUGUGGCAUCUGGCGCAGUCACGAUAUCAGAGAAUCAACGGCAAUGGAUCCACUGGCAACUCCAGAGCAUUGCCGCUAGCGGAGACUCGCAAGCACGGUUGGCUCUAAAUACACCAAGCCAGACUCUCCUCGGUGGCCCUGAAUCACUCCGGUUUGAUUGCGUGUAG